ACAUAGCCUCCUGCUCACCUCGGCCCGCACAACUUUGCUUCGGGGACUCUUCCUCCUCUGCCCCCUCCAGCUGCUUGAUUCUUUACCACCCCCGCCUGCUUCUGUCUGCAUGACAUUGCUCACCCCUGUGCCUCCAUUUUUGCUUCAGGGUCUUCAUCUUCUUGGAUUCUCCUACUCAAAAUCAUGCAGCAGAUGGUGCCAUGUGUUCUUUUCAUCCUCCCGCGUCGCACAUCGCUCUGUAGCUAAAAUCCUUUGCUAGCUCACCGCCCGACUCGAAAAUUACUGCAUGGGACCUGCGCAAUGGGAAGUCAUGUGCAGGUUUCUCAUCCUCCAACACCUCGGGAGAAAAUUAUUGAUAUUGAGAGGCGCCUUGUUCGACCGAUGUUUAGUCAGCACAAGGUUCAUCUACCGAGGCUGUACGAGAUGUUUAUGGAAAGAAUGACAAACAAUUCGUAUCAGCUCACCGCGUCACAGACUACUGAGAGAAGGAAGAGUUGCCGGAGGAUAAGUUACCCCAGUAAACAACGGAGUCGGUCGCCCUCCUGUGAGGCGGAAUUUAUAGUCCAUGACUACGGAGGCUUUCAAAUUGCGUACAAUGAUAGCGCACAUUUGCUAUGGUCCACAGAGAGGAAGAAAAGAAAGAACUCGGCUGGCGUGCCGGCAUCUGUAAUGAAUUGGCCUUCUCAAGAGCUAAAAGAGAUGAGAACGUACUCUAAAGUGCCUGAUUUACUAUCAGAAAAUAUGGCAGCAAAUGGAAUACGAAGAUCAGAUAAUAUUACCAGCAGAUUUUGUGAGAGAGAGAUCUCACCAAAUCCCUCCUAUUAUGUCCAUACUAACAAACAGUUGGCUGAAAGCAACUCCGACACAAAAUUCAGAGCUAAGCAUAUCGACUUCACUGAAUUGAAAGCAACACCCCGUCCGAAUACAUCGUGGAGCAAUCGUUUGGGAUCAAAUUUAACAACUCGUUCUCAACAAGUCAGCUGGCCAAAAACAGUUAAAGUGCACAACAUGAAGUUUGAUCAAGGCCCCUCCAAUACUGUGGCGACAAAUAAUUUAAAUAGAAUGUUUCAAAAAAAAACGGAGAUCUGGCUUCGUCACACUGCAAACUCUUCACGAAAUAAGAGGAUCAAGGUGCAAACAAACGACCAAGAGAUCACUCAAAGUAGUUUCGAUUUGAUAUUGCCAAGUCAAAGCUAUUUUACGAAUAAUUCAGUUUGAAGCUCAUCUCUUUUGACGACAUUCGUGCAUUUAUUGCCACGACAACGACAGAUUCUAGCCGGACAUUAAUUAGUAAAACUAGAUGCGUUAUCGAGUCUCACACAAGAAAGAGUUAAUCACACAGGUAGGCU